AUGAAGCGCUUCCGCCACAAGCGGGCCGCCAGCGCAGUGCGCGUGGGGGCCGAGCCACCAGAGAAGAUUCCGAUCCGCAUCGAGCAACCGCUACUCGAUGGAGCGCCGCCCGCCAAAACUGACAGCCACCCGACGAGUCCCGGUGUAAAGCUCGGAGACGCCGAGGCGCGGCAGCUGUGGCAGUCGUACGAAGCCGUCACGAUGGAACUCGAGUUCGCCGCGGCCGUCGCCGCUGCCACCAAGGAGCGCCGCGAGUGCGAGAAAGCCUACUGGGCAACUGUCCUGAGUGCACGCGACGCCACGGUCGCAGCACAGACCCAGCUACUCCAGCGCCUUUGCACCGCUGCCGCUAGCCAAAACAUGCGCCUUGACGACGCAACGAUCCGAGAACUGGCGCCGUUCGUGGACCCGGCGCUGCUCUGCGCCAGCGGCGAGCAGGAAAAUCGAAAGUGCAAAGUCGACGUGAGUGGCCAGCGUGUGUGGCGCAGCAUUUACUGA